AUGAUUCCUCCGAAGGCAUCGAAGGACCUGGCAAACAUGAAUAUGAUGAUAUUGCAGUGCCCAGCUGAAGACUCGGACUCAACAUGGGCUGUAGUAGGAAGAGAAAGAAGAAGACAUCUACAUAGAAGGAAAGGAAAGAACAAAAGAAGAGAAGGAGGAAAUUACUCCAAAGUGGAGAGCUACCGAGAGAGGUGUCGACCUGCAAGAGGGAUGCAGCCAGGUGACUGCAGAUUUGGUCUCUCACAGUUGAAGAUACCAGUGAUAAAACUUAGAGAUCUCUACAUGCUUUAUGAGAGGAAGAAGAAAGAGGUGAACGAGGAGCUGAAGAGAGGAAAGAAGAGGAAGAGAGAAGAGAGCGAGGAGGUGGAGAAGGAGAGAGGAGCGAAGAGGAAGAGAGAAGAGGAGCGCGAGGAGGAGGAGGAGAAGAGAGGAGAUGAGAGGAAGAAGAAAGAGGUGAGCGAGGAGCUGAAGAGAGGAAAGAAGAGGAAGAGAGAAGAGAGCGAGGAGGUGGAGAAGGAGAGAGGAGCGAAGAGGAAGAGAGAAGAGGAGCACGAGGAGGAGGAGAAGAGAGAAGAGGAGAGGAAGAAGGAAGAUGAGAGCAAGGAGGGGAAGAGAGGGAAGAAGAGGAAGAGAGAAGAGGAGAUCAAAGAGGAGGAGAAGAGAGGGAAGAAGAGGAAGAGAGAAGAGGAGGAGAAGAGAGGAGAGGAGAGGAAGAAGGAAAAGGAGAGCGAGGAGGAGGAAAAGAAGAGGAGAGGAGAGGAUGCCAGAGUAUUGGAGGAUGAGAAGCCAAGACCAGGCACCAGUCAGGCCCCCGGAACAUCAAGCAAAUACCCUAAAUUUAACAUCAAACACCUUACUGUCCAUCAGGUAUUGGGUAGGGGCAGCUUUGGAGUGCUAAGCUCCGCCCCCACAUGUGAUGGUGACAUCAUCACAGGUCCUACACCUCCAGCAUCUAGCAGUCCGGGCCAGGGGAGGAGACGGAGGGAGGGUAAGAACAGAGAGGUGGGCCUAGCAUCAGUCCCCGGCCGAAACAACUACGUCGCCAUCAAAGGUAUCACCAAAACAGCGGACAAUGCAGCAAUCCUACAGAGAGAGCGACGGAUACUCAUGCUGGCCCGAGACUGCCCGUUCCUGUGUCACCUGUAUGCUGCACAGCAGUCUCAGGACCAUGCCUUCUUCAUCACCGAGUACCUGUCCGGCGGCAGCUUGGAGGCUUUACUCAAAAUGUGCAGCAGUCUAAACAUCGAAAUAGUAAGAUUCUACACAGCAGAGAUUGCAUGUGGCCUCCAUUUCCUUCACAGACAGAACAUCGUCCACCGAGAUAUCAAGCCAGAUAACAUCAUGCUGGAUCGAGAUGGACACAUCUGCAUCAUAGACCUCGGACUUGCCCAAGAUGGCGUCACCUCCUCCAACAAGAUCCAAGGAGUGACGGGCACAUUACUUUACAUGGCCCCAGAGGUGCUCCAGAGGAAGAGUUACUAUGCAGCGGUUGACUGGUGGAGCCUGGGGAUUGUUGUAUCCCGGAUGUCAGCAGGACGUUCCCCAUUCUACUUUGGCUGCAACAGAGAAAUGGCUCGCGAUUCCAUCACCAGAGAGAAGCCUAAUAUUCCAUCUUGGCUCCCUGCUGACCUGAAACAUCUGAUCAAACAACUGCUGCACAAGAAUCCUGAGAAGCGGCUGGGUGUGAACAGGAACAUCAGAGACCAUCCAUUCUUCACCACCAUCAACUGGGAGGAACUGGAGCAGAAGAGAGCACAGCCGCCAUUUACACCAUUCGAGGCAGCUCUGAAGAAGGGAGACCUGCGGUGGUCAGAGGUAGAGACAGCUCUUCACCCCUUGGAAGGAUUCUCUUUCAUAGCUCCAAGCUGGGAAUGGUAAGAUCAGCCCACGGCCCAGUGCUCUGUACCAUCUGAGUGCUGCACCCAGGAGCGGCCUGUGCUUGUAACACCUCAGCACAGGCCGGUAAGUAUCACACAUCAUCACACAUACAUUAGGAUCACACACAUACAGGUAGAUAGAAAUAUACACACAGGUACAUAUAUAGAUAGUAUAGACACAUACACACAGACACACACACACACACAACAGAUAGGGGUAGAUAUCGGCUCUGAUCCUGGGACUUGUUCCGAUCGCCAUAUUUGGGGUCAGGAAGGAAUUUUUCCCCUUUGAGGACAAUUGGCUUAUUCCUCAAGGGUUUUUUGCCUUCCUUGGGAUCAUCUCAGCCAUAAAUAGGUCAAGUACGAUAAAUCUUUAAUUUAUUACUAAAUAUUCCCACAAAUAAAAUAAUAUAAAAAUUAAUUAUAAAAAAAGGUAUAGCAUAUAAAGUAUUUAUAACAUAUAGUUUUCCAUAUUAGAUAGGUCAGGUACUGGCUUUUGAUCCUGGGACUUGUUCCGAUCGCCAUAUUUGGGGUCAGGAAGAAAUUUUCCCCCCUUAAAUAAGGAUAAUUGGCUCUUUCCUCAAGGGGGUUUUCGUCUUCCUUUGGAUCAACACAGUAUAUAAAAAUGCUUUACCUAUACAUUUAUAUUUCACACAUAGCAAAAUAGAACAUAACACACAUUUCUAUGCCUCGCAGUAUCCCCAGUAUACCCUUCCUAUAAAUAAAAAGUCCUUUUUUC